CUCAGCAUCUCUUCACCUUCACGUUUACCAUUUGCUCAGCGUGGAAAACAGCUCUUUUUUUUUUUACCCUCUUUUUUUUUUUUUUUUUUUUAAACAAUCCCAGAUGCGCGUCUUGGUGCGUCCUGCGCGCGUCGUGCGUAAAAGUUGAAGGAGGAGGGAAUAAAGCCCGGAUUCUUGCUUUUCUCUUUGGGAAAUAUAACAUUGUCGGCAUGAACGCGGAUACGUGCGUGUCCUACUGCGACAUGACAGCCAUGGAUUCCUACUACAGUCCGCCGGCCGCGCCCGGCAGGGAGCUCCAGGCCAACGCCUUCAGGACUUUCGGCGCCGAGGCCAAAUACAGCCCCGGCUACGGGGGGGCCAAGGGACAAUACGCCGACAAGUCCCGGGCCAGUCCCUUCCAGCCCGAGUGCAGCCAGGCGCUGGACGGCGCGGAGGCCGAGGGCUCCUUCGGCAACAAGUACCCGCUCUACAUGCACACCAGGCCCGCCUGCAAGACUCCCCCCGACGGCGGCAUCCUGCCCUGCUACGGUGGAAAAGACAACAACGGCCUGACAGAGUCCGAGCUGCCCUCUGGUGUCGACACCCCCGGGAUGGAAGGCAGCUACCUAAAUCUGAAGGAAACUGGCGUGAAGGGGCCAAGCGAGCGUCCGGGUUCAGAUCUUUCCAGCCCUCUGGACAAAAACGAGGUUGAGAGCAACAAAGGCAAGAAGCGGCGCAAUCGCACGACGUUUACAAGCUAUCAGCUGGAGGAGCUGGAGAAGGUCUUCCAGAAGACCCACUACCCAGAUGUGUACGCCCGCGAGCAGCUGGCACUGAGGACGGACCUGACGGAAGCUCGUGUGCAGGUGUGGUUCCAGAACCGCAGAGCCAAAUGGAGGAAGAGGGAGCGCUUUGGUCAGAUGCAACAGGUCCGAACACAUUUCUCUACUACUUAUGAGCUGCCUCUCCUAACUCGGCCAGAGAACUAUGCGCAGAUCCAGAACCCAUCAUGGAUCGGUAGCAGCAGUGGAGCUUCUCCGGUGCCAGGUUGUGUCGUUCCCUGCGAUACCGUGCCCCCCUGCAUGCCCCCUCAUCCACAUGGUCACGGUGGGGUCUCCGACUUCCUGGGUGUGCCCAGCCCAGGGAGCAGCCACAUGGGACAGACGCAUAUGGGCAGUCUUUUCGGGGGACCUGGAAUGGGCGGAGGAAUGAAUGGCUAUGAUCUCAAUGUCGACCCAGACCGCAAGUCAUCCAGCAUAGCGGCGCUGCGUAUGAAGGCCAAGGAGCACAGUGCCGCCAUUUCUUGGGCAACUUGAUGUUCCGCGGCUCCUGAGCGGCCAUCGUCAAGUACUAUGGGGGAGUUUUGCAGCGAGCACUAAUGAUAACGCAGGUCAAAUGAACGGGUAGAGACUGUACAGAUACCAGCAUACAUUGCAGUGGCCGACACAGCUGUGACAAUCAGCAGAUGUAAUAAUAAUCAGAGGCCAUCUUGAUUCAGUGAAAUACUGGGGACCAUUCACAUAGUGAUCAUUUCCAAAAAGUAAAAUAAGCAACAUACACAGUACAGGCCAAAAGUUUGGACACACCUUCUCAU